AACAUCAGUUCUACCCCAUGAUCAGAAUUCAGAACAAAGCAUUCCACGUCAAAAAAUUCGAUGCUAAAACAAAAAGUAUUCUGGCCCCUCACGCUCUCGGGACCCUCUCCUCGUCGCCAUGCACCGGCCAGGGCAGCACCGUACCACAUACAUGGACGACGGACGCGCCCCCACCGAAUCGACUGUGCCGCUGCCUGCUGAUCGAUGCCGCCCACAAACGGACGAGCCAUGCUACACACACCCCCUCCGUGGCCGAAUGCCUGCCACUCCGCCCAUCACGGAACGCGCCGGGCGUUUUGCCGGAAAUCAAAAUCCACCGCAGCCCGCACCGACGAACCCCGUGCCCCAGCCCGAAGACGUUUAAACGUAACGGCGACGUGCCUGCCGCUGCAACGCACGCGGCAGUCAAUGUGGCGCAAGCCCAACGCACGACGUCCCACCCUGACUGAGCCGCGAGUCCAAACUCCCCCAGAGUCCACCUGCACACACAGCGCUCGCCUGACCUCGGCGACCUGUAUAAAAGACACGAGCACACGGCGGCAUCGGCAAACCACCGGUCCACCGCAGCACGCACGCCUUCCUCGCGCGUUCCGAGUCGCAGGCCCCAGCCCCGGCCUUUAAAAACCCGUGAGCCCCCGAUACGUCGCUCGCCACGGCAAGAAGCACAGGCACCAUGGCCGGGUACCGGCGCACCAUCUCGUUCCCUACCCCGAAGGCGGCAGCCGCCGCCAACGGCAAGCUCGCGGCGGCCUACCGCGUCCGCUCCGCCAGCCUCCCCUGCCGCUUCCACCCGCUCGUGCUACAGCUCGACGACGACGUCGCCGCGCUGCGCCUCGUGCUCGGCGCGUCCUGCUCGGCGUCCUCCGUCUCCGCGGCCGCCUCGCACAUCGGCCGGGUACUGGCCUCGCUCUCGGACCUGCUCCACCACCCGCAGGCGCAGGAGCCGCUGCGCCGCCUCGGCAUGUCCCCGCUCGCCGAGCGCCUGCUCGACGACUUCCUCCGCCUCGCCGACGCGCACGGCAGCUUCCGCCAGGCGCUCGUCGCGCUCGCGGCGCUCCAGGCCGAGACGCGCGCCGCGCUGCGCCGCGGCGACCCCGGGCGGCUGGCGUCCGCGGCUCGCGCGCAGCGCCGCGCCGGACGCGACCUCCCCCGCCUCGCGGCCGCCGCCCGCGCCGUGGCCACCAAGACUCCCACGCCGCUCCCCGAGGAUCUCCAGCCCGAGACCGCGGCCCUCGGCGCGGCGAUCGCCGACUCGACCGUCGCCGUGGCGUCCGCCUCCGCGGCCGUCUUCUCCGGCGUCUCCUCCCUCUCCAACGCAGCCGCCGCCGCCCGCGUCGAGGUCGCCUCCACGCCGUGCUGGAUCACCGCGCCCUCAAGAUUCUCAUCCGCAUCCGCAUCAGACGCGCCAAGAACCAGCCACCAGCGCGUAUGGUGGGUGGCGGACCUCGUGCGCUGGAUGUCGCGCGCGAAGCGCCGGUCGGCCGGGAAACAGAGCAUCACCAACGAGGACGACGCGUCCACUUCCUCUACGGUGCAGCUCCGGCCCGAGGCGCGGAUGAAGCCGGAGGAGCGGGCGCGGAAGGCCGCACUCGAGCUCCACGACAACCUGGAGCGGUGCAUCGCCAGCGUUGACGGCAGCGGCGAGAAGGUGUUCCGGGCGCUGAUCAACACCAGAGUCUCCCUGCUCAACAUCCUCAGCCCAACCUUCUGAUCCCGCACCGGAACUUUGGGAAACGUUUUGCUUCAGCUUUCGUGGCUUGGACAGGAUUUGUACAUAGUAUAUCGGUAGCAUGUUGUCCCCCGGGCCGGGUCGCAGCCUUUGCGUUCGCCUGCAUCUAUCAACGGAUUUGGAACCUGGCGUUACAAAUCGCGCAAUCUGCA